AUGGCUUCAGAAGUGGAUGCUUCAUCAUUGGCAAGCAUCAUUGAAUUAAAUGAUGCGCUUGUAGAUUCGGAAUGGUUCUGUCCAGGUGAAAUUCAUUCAAUAAUACCAACCGGAAAUAAAUGGAGUAAACGGAAAAGGAAAAUAGAAGCAAAUAAAUUUCAUGAUAAUACACAUUCAAAUUGUUUAUUUUAUAUGCGUUGUUAUUCUAAACCGGAUCAUAUGCAAAGUGAUCCUGAUUUCCUGAAACGUAAAUAUGGAGCAAAUUUAAUUGGUUGGUUAGAUGAUGUCGCAGCUGAAUUAAGUCAACCAUCAUCAAAAAUUAUCAACGAACUAAUGCGUGAUUUCACUUCACUUAAAGAGGCUGAUCCAUUAUCAAAUUGGACCGAACAGAGUAGCGAAUUUUAUUGUCGAAUGCUUGAAAGGAUAAAUAAUUUUGCUUCUUCAAUGGCUGAAAUGGUUAAAUAUUCAUUUAUUAUUGAACCUGGCACAAUAACACCUCAUUUAUCGGAAUAUGUGGCGGAAUUUCAACAAUUAAAAACAUUUUUUGAGCGUAAUCCGUUAAUAUCGGAAGAAGCAAAGCAAAAUGCUUUUAAUCGAAAUCUUGAUAAAGCAAGAAAUAAAUGUUAG